AGAAUCGUUAUUUCACCUGUGUUAGUUGGAGCAGCCUAUGUUAUCCGGUGGAUUAAAGGGGUAUUUGAUGUCAGUUUUGCUGAUGAUAAAAGGCAAUCUCCAAAAAUGAACUACAGCCUUCUCUUUAAGUUAUUUCUGACCGGGCUCUGUCUUACUGCACUGGGUGUUUAUGUUAUGCAAAGUGGAUUUCUAGAUGUCACAGAUGCCGCUAGUCUCUUGCCAUUAGGCACAAGGAAUCUCCAAUUUUUUGAGCAAAGACUAUAUAACCGCAACAUUGAGGCAUUUCUCAGGAAAAACCGUUCAUGUUCCUGUGAAGGAUACACUCUAAAUGUUCAACAUGUACCGGCCAAUGAACAGGAAGACCUUCAGAGACGCCGGUCUGAGGAGUACCGUCAAUACCAGCUCAGGAUGGGGCCAAAAAUGGAGUCACUUUUAUUAGCCCAGUCCAACUCACCCCUCCAAUAUCCCAUCCAGGGUUUCGUAGUGGCACCUCUUGCAAAAAGUGUGAUACCAGGUUUGGCUCUGCAUGCACAAAAAAGAAGAAAAUAUAAGGUCUCCUUGAGCGUGAGUAAAGGAGUGCUCUCAGUGAAGGAUCUUCUGGAUGGAGAUCAGGUGGAGGGACAGGGUCAGAGUAAUCUGACCAUCUCAUCCAGCAACAUCACACAUCUCAAUGAUCUUCUGUCCAGAGUGACCUACACCAGCACCAUCUACCACAUCAGGACCAAAGAUAUGGUUAAUUUUUCCUUUGACAACUACGAAGCCAUAUUUCCCAUUGUGAUCAAGAGACUGUCGCUUCCUGUCCUGUAUGACCCAGGGACAGAUAUUAACUCACAGGUGACUAUAACAACCAAGACCUUUCUGAGAUAUGACGAGCUAAACAUCCUCAUCAAGAGCAUCCGACAGUUUUACCCCAAAAUCAAGAUCAUUAUUGCUGAUGAUAGUCUGGAGCCGCUAAACUUGACUGGCGACAACUUGGAGCACUACAUUAUGCCUCCUGCACAGGGCUGGUUUGCAGGCAGGAAUCUGGCUAUUUCUCAGGUCACCACUAAAUACUUCCUGUGGGUCGAUGAUGACUAUAUAUUCAAUAACGGUACGCGGAUUGAAAGCUUUGUGGAGAUAAUGGAGAAAGUUCCAGAACUGGAUGUGGUUGGUGGUGCAGUGGGACAAGAUCAGUUCUUUUUCCGCCUUCAGUAUGAGGAAGGGGAUGAAGAGGAAGGUGGUUGUCUCAGGCGUUUGCAUAGGAGGAAGCUCCAAUUAGUCCCAGGCCUUGAAAGCUGCAUUUUUGUAGACGGGGUCGUCAACUACUUCUUGGCGAGGACAGAUGCGGUGCGACGCGUCGGCUUCGAUCCGUUUUUGAAGAGGGUGGCUCAUACUGAGUUUUUUAUUGAUGGUCUUGGAGAUUUGCUGAUUGCCUCUUGCAAAGGACUUUCAGUCGGCCAUCAGAAGAAACGCAAACAAAGCAAAUACAGGAGCUUUAGAUUUCCAGGACAAAAAGAUGGAAGAAACAAGCUGGCCCAUCAUUACUUCAAGAAUCAUUUAAAAUGCAUCAGGUACUGAGAGACUUUUGAGGAGAAGGGUCUCUCACAGAGACCAAACUGAAUAAAGGUUCACCUCAGACGUAUUUUGGUAAAGAAAAGAAUAGUGCAGUUAAGAAGUUAAGAAUUCACUCAGGGGAAUCGGCAUUAAAAAAUGGCAAAACCUAAUUUUGUGCCUUCAGGAGAAGAACUGAUCUUAGAAUGAAUAUUUUGCUAUAUUUAUUUACAUCAAACAAUUAUUUAUUACUGUAGGUUACUGUUAUGAGGGAAAAAAAAAAAAAAAAAACUAAUAUAUUACAGUGCUAUAAAUAUGACUUAUGUGCAAUAAUGGAUGUAUUUGUUUAAAAGGUGAAAAAAGAAGAAAAGGAAAAAAAAAACUUGAAUUAAAAUGUACCCUUAAAUUGAGCUUGAUAUCUCUAUUGAAUUUCAUAAGGGUUAUUCAUUUUCUAAAAUAAAAUGUAUUUUUUGGAGGGUAACUUUUCUAAAGUUAUAAAGGGUUUUUCUGUGCCUAAAAUGAGUUAAUCUUAAUUAUGUGGAUGAUUAACCAUUGAGCAUCAAUUAAACAUAUUACACAGGUUUAUAGAGAACAAGUUUGGGUCUCAUUUUCAAGAAGACCCUUGGCAUAUUGUUAAGUUUUAAAUCAAAAUGAUGUUUGUUUGUUUGUUUGUUUGUUUGUUUGGGAAUUUCUGCUUCUUUAACUUUAUUAAAAAAAAAAACAUUAAAAAAACAAUUCUUAAAUGCUGAACAGGUUUGAGACUGAUUUAUUAAAUGUGGAAUUCCUUGCGGUUGUUUCUAGAUUCAAGAAUGUCUAACACUGUGAUAAUGUUUAACCAGUGAGUAAACCCAAUUUAGGUCUGCUGCCUGCUUCAUAAUUUAACAGUCAGCAAGACCUUCAAGCAUCAAUGCAUCACCUUAAACUUUUUAUAUGACAGUUGGAUCAAAUACUUUUCUGAAAAUGAUGAAGUGCAAAUAUAAAAUCUAAUUAUAGUGUAACAUCUCGCAUGUCAAAGAUUUCUGUCAUCAGGUUAUGGUAAUAUUCUGCAACUGUUAAAGCUCAGACAUCUACACUCUUAAAAAAUUAAGAUGCUCAAAAGGUUCUUUAAAGCGACGCCAGAAGAACCAGUCAGUAAAAAUUCUUUAGAGAAUCCUUUUUUCUUUACUUUUUUA